UUGAAAAACUACAGAAACCCAAACCAAACUCGCAAAAACAAUACAUAUGUAAAUAGAAAUUUUGGCGACAUAAUUAAGGAUUUUACCCUCAUUGGCAAAAUAUGUAUUUGGCGAGAUGUGUUUUUUGCUCUUAUUGGCGAAAUAUGGAUUUUAGCCUUAUUGGCAAAAUGUGUUUUUUGCUCUUAUUUUAGCCUUAUUGGCAAAAUGUGUGUCAUAUUUUUCGAUUAAUAUUUUUAAUUUAUUUUUAUCAGCAGAAAACGGGUGAUUAUGAUUUAAAAUUUGUUUCUAUUCAAGAAUUAUUAAAAACAAAUUUAUUUUUAAAUUCAACUUCAAAAAUGGUUUCUGCUACCAAUUUCAACGUGGAAACUCUUCUCCCCGCAAUAAUUGCAAUUGCCUAUUAUGCCUUCGUUUUCUUUUUUGCGGAAAUUACAAGAAAAAUUGUUGGGCUUAUUUUUAAAAAGUCUUCUCUAAUUUAUGUGUUGCUUAUUGAAUUGAUUGGCACUGCCCAAAUGUGUACUUGUGUGUAUGAAAAUACCGUAAUAGUAAAACAUUAUGGCCCAAUCGGUUUCUUCUUCGCAGUCUCAAUGCUUUUGCUUUCUGGAAAUUUGCUCAAUCGAGGGGCCUAUGUAACUCCACUUCCUGUUAUUGAACAAUUCUUUACUGGAAGGAUGAGUUCAGAAAAGUUUUUGGCUUUAAUAUUUGCUCAAAGCGUCGGUGGAUAUUCGGCUUUUCGUUUGGCUAACUCCCUCUGGUAUUAUUCUUUGUCUUAUUCAAUAGAUCAUCUUCAACUGUUUGAAAGACUUCCUUGUGCAAUUAAUUACAAAGUUCCAUUCAAUUAUGUAUUUAUUAACGAGUUAUUAUGUGCUUUUUUACUUCGCUUUUCUGUUCAAAGAAUGCCUCUUUUUGUAAAAACACGGCUUAUUCCAUUUAUCAUUUCUGGAUUUUUAACUUUUUCACUUGUUUAUAUUGGCAUUCCUGGUUUGAAUCCUGUUGUAGCUUCUUCUCGUCUAAUGGGUUGUCCCGGAUUGGAUUUGCAAUGGUUUAUGAUAACUUACUGGUUAUGCCCUGUAAUCGGUUGGAUGUUGGCUGUAAAAUUGGAUAAAAUCAAAAUUGUAAAGAAGAAGCAGCAUAAAAAGAAGGAGAAAUAA